AGGGGCUGUGGGGAGGAGGAGGGGAUGUGGGGGACACAAAAUUAAAAGGGAAAGAGAUUAUUUUUAAUCCUCUUGGUGGGUGCUGAAACAAUGCCGGGAGAGCAAAGCCGCCGAGGGUUUGUCCGGUUAGAGCCAGGCAUGGAGGACGGACUGUGCCACGGGGAGCAGAUCCCCCUAGCCCAGUCGGAGGCGUUCCUAACGGACCUUUUGGAGAAAGUCUGUGAGCGAAUGAACGACUACAAGCUUGAGGAAGACCCUGUGACGAAGGAGAGAACUUUCAAGAGAUUUGCUCCUAGGAAAGGAGACAGAAUAUACCAAGAAUUUAAAAAAUUAUAUUUUUAUUCUGAUGCUUACAGACCUUUGAAAUUUGCGUGUGAAACUAUAAUAGAAGAGUAUGAAGAUGAAAUAUUCUCACUUAUCGCCCAGGAGGCACACUAUCUAGCUGACAAGCUGUGCAGUGAAAAAUCAGAUCUGUGUGAAACUUCUGCUAAUCAUACUGAGCUCUAGGAGUGCCGUGCUGCUAGUUGUAGAGAGGAGUAAAGUCACACCCAAAGCGUAUUCUCUGAUAUUGGCCGAUAAAAGGUGACUGUAAUCCACGAGACGACACCAUUGUCAACAGAGAGAGAGAAGAUUUCAAUCAGGUGAUUUUCAUUGUUUGAUAGAAGUAAUCUUCAUGGCUCUGUUGUUCUUCAUCAAAGGGCGCUGAUGAAGCACCUUCAUGCCCUGUGGUUUACAGAAGAAAGCGGAGAACCAAAAAAUAGACUAUUUGGUCCUUAUUAAAAAUGGACCCUAUGUAAAGCAAUGUGGUAUUAAAACAGAGUGAAAUCUAAUACAAAUGUGGCUUCAACAAGUGUUAUUAAAUUAUUAGACCUUCAGGUAAAAAUAUACCCUUGAAUCGCUUUUAUAUGCAAUCAAAGCCAUGAUGAAAUAUUAAGGCCCUAAGAUUAAAGGGUCACGGGUGCGUGCAUGUUUUGAAGCAGUGCCCCUAAAUGAUAAACAGAAAAUGUUGCAGGUUAGCUCAGUUUUGCAUAUGCUGUGGAUGCUGACACCUUGACCAAUUUCGAGAGUGGAAGCCCCACUGGAAAUCCUCACUCGAUUCCAGGGAUCUGGGUCAGCUGUGCCUGGUGGAGCUCGUGUGUGCCCAUGGAUGUGGUGUGGCUCUCUCUUUCCAAACUGCAAAAAUCCCAGCCAUUUUCUUGAGCAUGCACUGGCCCUAUGGCAAGAUCCCGCUGUAGAAAGAUGGCUGUGUCGAGGUUGGAAGAGAGGGCUGAUUGUAGCAAAUCCCCUUCUGAAACAAAAGCCCAGUAAAAGAUGCUGCUCUGCCUUCCUAACCAGUGUGAUGCACUGGGGCUUCAGAAAGAAACACGUUUGGUUUUUUUGUUGUUGUUAAGAAAUGCUUUCCUUUGUACCUGAUAACUGAGUCUCAAGUCCAAGAAAACGAUAGCAUCUCUA